GCUUAGGAGAUCAGUCUUCCCAGGAUGCCUCUCCACACUUGAGCACUUUAAACGGGGAAUAUUUCAGCCGGAGAAUAUCUGCUUUUACUCUCAUUCAGGCUGAGGCCUGUCUUAAAUUUGCAAUCAUGUCCCAGUCCUGGUGUGGGCAAGCCAUUCUACGUGUGGAAUUGGGCAUACUGGUGGCAGUCCUGGUGGUCAGCGGCAUGGCACAGAUAUAUGAAAGAAGGGAAGAAGGGUCGUCCUGCUAUGGAGGAUUUGAUCUUUACUUUGUUCUAGACAAGUCCGGCAGUGUGCAGUAUUACUGGAAUGAGAUCUAUUAUUUUGUGGAUCAUCUCGCCCACAAGUUCAUCAGUCCUCAGCUGCGGAUGUCUUUUAUCGUCUUUUCCACUGAGGGACGGAUCCUCAUGCCGCUAACAGAGGACAGAGAGCAAAUUCGAACGGGACUGGAGGAGCUGCGCAUGGUGCAUCCAGGUGGAGACACCUUCAUGCAUAAAGGCUUUCAAAGGGCCAGUGAGCAAAUAUACUAUGGAACUGGGUAUGGCUACCGGACAGCUAGUGUUAUCAUCGCCCUGACAGAUGGAGAGCUGAGAGAGAAUCAGUUUGACUUGGCGGAAAGAGAGGCUGGCAGAGCAAGGCAACUGGGUGCCACUGUGUACUGUGUUGGGGUGAAAGACUUCAACGAAACACAGCUUUCCACCAUUGCUGACAGUAAGGACCACGUUUUCCCUGUGCAUGAUGGAUUUCAAGCUCUGCAAGGAGUUAUUGACUCGAUCCUGAAGAGAUCUUGCAUUGAGAUCCUGGCUGUAGAGCCCUCGAGUAUCUGCGAAGGAGAAAACUUCCAGGUGUCUGUCAGAGGAAACGGUUUCCUUCACGCCAGAGACGUGCAGAAGGUCCUCUGCAGCUUCCGCAUCAACGACACAGUUACUUUCAUGGAAAGACCUUUGGUGGUGAGAGAUACUUACCUUUUGUGUCCAGCUCCGGUUCUGGAAAGAUUUGGAGUGUCAGCCACUCUCUAUGUCAGCAUGAAUAACGGCCUCAGCUUCAUAUCCAGCUCUGUCACAAUUACUGCCAUCACCUGUUUUGACGGGACCUUUGUGGGGAUCGCGUUGCUCAUCCUGCUGCUCUUGUUCACCGUUAUUCUGCUCUGGUGGUUCUGGCCUCUCUGCUGCACCGUGGUUAUUCAUGAGCCACCUCCUCCCGUGAUUGAAGACCUCUCUGAGGACGAAGACGGUUUUCCAAAGAAGAGGUGGCCCACUGUGGAUGCGUCGUACUACGGUGGCCGUGGAGUCGGGGGAAUCAAGAGAAUGGAGGUGCGCUGGGGAGAUAAAGGCUCAACUGAGGAAGGAGCCAAACUGGAAAAAGCCAAAAAUGCUCGAGUUGUGAUGCCCUCCCAGGAGUAUGAUCCACCUCCACCGCGGCUUUAUUACCACACACACAAAACCAUCCCCUCCCAGAAGUGGUAUUCUCCCAUUAAGGGAAAACUGGAUGCUCUGUAUGUGCUGCUGAGAAGAGGCUACGACAGAGUUUCAGUGAUGCGACCUUAUCCUGGAGACAAGGGUCGGUGCAUCAACUUCACCCGGAGCCCGUCCUACCCUUCCCCCCGCUAUCCCAUCUACAACCACCCCUCCACACCUGUCUACACGUUACCACACAGGUACCAACGGCGCCCAUCCGACGACUGCGAGGACCUCCACCUGCCCCCAUCGCCAACCUCCACCCUGCCACCUCUGCCGUCGACUCCACCCCCGUCCUCCAGCAGCUGCUCCUCCUCGUACACGCCUCCUCCCAACAGAGACCUGCCCCCGACCAACGGCAGACAAAACUCAGUGCCGCCGUCUCCCACGGGCUCCCUGCCUCCGCCACCACAGGCGUCGCCUCCAUGCAGAGCACCUCCGCCCUCACGCCCGCCUCCGCGACCCAACCAUGAGAUCAACAUGAUCAAAACAUGAAAUAGGGAUUUCUUCACAAGUCUAGGUCAGAUAGUGUAAAUAAUACGAGUUGUUUAGAUGUUUUUAUUUAGUUUGUCUUUUAGAUUAAAAAGUGUCAUUCACUGUUUUGCCAGAGUUUUAAAAUAAACAUGGGGCAGCAGCCAAAACUUUUGGAGCUGCUUAAAAUCUUAAAGGCAACCAAAAGUUGCAACAAAAGGAACUUGGACAAUAUUGUGUUUGUAUCUUUUGAGUAAAAUACAAACCUGGGGUAAACAUUUGGACAGUCAAUGUUUUUCUGGGAUCUGAGGACAUCAGAAGGUAUUUUGAACUGACAGAGGGCACAUAAACGCAAAAACCUGGGAAACUUUAUGCUCACAAACAAUCACUUUAACGCUCCGCCUGCUGACGCUACUAGCACUAUUUGUUGUCACCUUGCCACGAAAUGUGUUGUGUCCUCAUCAGUUAACUCUGAGUUCUUUAAAUUGUUUAAUAAUCCUGGACCAAAGCAUGUUUUCAACAGAAAGGUUACCUUUGGUAAUUGGAGAGAAAUUUGUCUUCUUUUGCCUGCCUUAUUUUCUGAUAUUCUACCAACAAAUAUUUGAUUACUUGUGUCGUGUUAUACUUGGUGUUUCCCUCAGAUUUAGGUUUGAACUAAUCCCUCACUUCUUCUUUUUCAUGCAGACAUCCAACUACACAAAUCCUUCUCAGUUAGAUCUAAUGCAGGAUGGAGCAGAGGUACAACACUGAGACCAGAUUACUAAAAUAAAAUUAAACAUGUGAAACUUUAAUUAAUUUCUGAUCCCUUUGAGUGACAACCUGGAGAUUAUCUUUACAGGUUUUCAUUUCCUGUAAAGCUAAGCGUCCUCUCCGGAGAGUUAAUCUGUGACUGACCCAGCAGCAGAUCUGAAACCUUUGAUUUGUUCAUUGUGCAGUAAAAUUAAAAAUAACACCUUUUUUGUCUGCUUGACUCACAGUUGAUUUUUUAAAUUGAAUUUUUAAUUGUUUUUAUUAUGUCCAAAAAUCUGCUACGUUGGGUUAGAUUUUAGAGCUCGUGUGUGAGGUAAAUCUCCCGAACUUUGACUUAUUGAAUGUGAGCACAAUAAUCCCCAGAUGUGGGUGGCUGAUGGAGGUGCAGAAGGUGCAGCUGGUGGAGCAUGAAAAGCCGACUGUCAGGAGUCCAGCUUUUUAUAAGGUGACUGUAUAUUUUCCAGUAGGUCUUAAAAUAAACCAUUUUCACAGCUUUUCACUUGGAGAAUAGGUUCUGGAUGAGUAUAUAAAUCGAUUUACCAGAAAACGGAAUUAGAUACGUUUCAUCCGUCUCAGAAGACGACGCUGCUUUUUUGAGGAGAGCAUCGCUGACCCCUGACCCGUCCUGAUUUGCCCUGAAUCCAGCCGCUUCACUUUCAGGUUUUAAAGUGUCUUCUGAUCCCAGCAAAAUUUGCACAAGAUUUACAUAUUCCUCCUGCAAUGGCAGUGAGCUAAAUCCACCAAGUAUGAAGGAUCCAGCUGCAGAGAGUUGAGAAGAGUUAUUAUUAAGGACUUUUUAUUCAUCUUUAAUUGGAGUACAAGUUCUCCAAACUCUUUGAGUAUCCUUGGAAUUUUGACAAUGUCUUCCACAUGUAUUUGCACUCCUUGUAAAAAUGUGGAAUACGCCUUAAAAUAAAAAUAAUAUUAUCCAGUAAUAUCAUCUAAGACAGAACGCAUUACAAUAGGUGUUAUGGAGGCUUGUUGUCCUCCACAUGUAUGAACCUGCUGCUGAAAACAUGAUGUUCCCACCUCCAAACUCCAAAGGUGAUAGUAAUUUAUUUAUUUUUUAAAAAGCUGUGCAGGGUAUUUGUUCUCCAACGUUGGUGUGUGUUUUUAAUUUUGGUCUCAUCUAACCAGACUAUAUUCCCCUUGUAUUUCACUGGUUUGUUUGCAAACAAACUUUAAACAUGCUUCAACAGGAUUUUUCUUCAGGAGUGGAGUGUUGCGCACUGAGUGUGGAUAGAAGUGGCAAGUGCUCAACUCAUUGUUUCCACUGUAAAUGCUAUCUGUUUAUUUCUGGUCUAUCUAUUGGAAAGCUUUUAUUAUUACUUCUUGAAUUGUCAGUCAGAACCUUUGAGAGUGAAAGUUAUAGUGAAAUUAUUAUUUCUAACUUCCUAUGGCUCCAACAGUGCAUGAGGUUGGAAUUAAGCUCAAAACAAACAAGGAUUGAUAUGUUUUGCAACAAUAAACAACGAUUAGACGAUUUUCUCAGCGAAAAAAAUAUCUGAAGUUAUGAUCAUCUUAUGAUCUAAUUACAUUUUCUUUAGUAGCUUUGGAUUACUUGGAUUUCUAACAAGUGGUUUAUGCUGUUAGCCUGAUUAAAAUUAUAUCGACUCAGAAAUAUUUGUAUAUGCUCCCUGUC